AUGAAGAAGUUCCUGCAAAACAAAAAGGGUAGAUAUUCGUUCCACCAGACCAAACGGGGCUCUCGGUGUCCACCUAAAGAUUUCUUCCUCAGCAUGCCGACGUCCAACCAUGGCUGGCCUGAUGAGUUUGGCUUCCGGUUGGGCGGGAAUGGACCGAGCUACAUCCUGUCUGUGGAGGAAGGAAGCAGUGCUCACCUGGCUGGGCUGCAGGCUGGAGACCAGGUGCUGGAAAUUGAGGGCCACAAUGUGUCAACGUUGCCGCCGCUAGCCGUCAUUGCCAUCGCCCAGACUCAGAAGAACAUCCCCCCCAGCAUCGGAGUUGUGUCCCGCAUACAGCAGAUGGACAUCAUACCUGGUCCGGAUGGUCGAUUGGGGUUCACUAUCGUGGGAGACUGCCCACUGCUGGUGGAGGACUGCUCGCCGUGCUCCCCGGCAGGCCGUGCGGGUUUGAGGGCGGGCGACUGCGUCAUGGAGGUCAACGGUAUCCCUGUCAGGCAGCAUGAGACAGCCGCGGCGCUUAUCAAGUCAUCCCAGGGGAGGACACUGCGUCUGGGCGUGCUGGGACUCGGCGCAAGGCAGCAACGUAGCAUCAGCCUGGAUGACAGUCAGAUCGGAGGGGAAGGCGCAAGGCUGGACCGCAAAUACAAGGCUCUGGAGUUCAACAGGAAGGUGGAGCAGAUUUUAAGCGACGAGCCCGAAGUGAAGGAGCGACUUUUUGGCGUGUUGAAGCAGUACGCAGCUGAGAAGAAAGUGGAAUGGUUGGCUUCCGUCUUGCCCGAAAUCCUCACCACCGAUGACCAUCGACAGCUCAUCUCCAGCAUCAGAAUCUUCAUUCCCAAGAAGCACCGGCAGCGCUUCGACGAGUCCGUCUCCCAGAACGUGAUCAACAGGCUUUGUCGCAGCAAGAGCAUCAGCGAGCCGCAAGGCAGGAUACGGCGUAGCCGGAGUGAGGACCACUCGGACCGCCACCACAGGGGCAAACGUGCCAGCUCGGUGCCCCGUGAUGGAGGGGACGCACCUGGAGGGAGGGGCGAGGCGGAGAGAGAGAGAGGUCACAGGAAGUCAAUCUCUGGGGUAGCCACGCAUCCCCCCAUUGGACCCAAUCAGAGACUCUUACGCAUCUACAGAGGGAAGAAAACCUUCGGCUUCACACUGAGAGGUCAUGCUCCAGUCUGCAUCGACUCCGUCAUUCCAGAUAGUCCUGCUGAAGAAUGUGGACUAAAACCAGGCGACCGCAUCCUCUUCCUAAAUGGACUAGAUAUGAGGAACUGUUCCCAUGAGAAGGUGGUGUCCAUGCUGCAGGGCAGUGGUGGGAUGCCGACUUUGGUUGUGGAGGACGGUCCGUCUGAUUACUCGUCAGAGCCCACAGAACCGGAGGAAACUCCCAGCCUGUCUUCUAACACACUACCACGCUCGAGAUCUCCGGUCCUAAGCUCCCUUCAGUGGGUGGCAGAGAUCCUCCCACCAAGUAUCAAAGUCCACGGGCGGACAUUCAGCCAGCAGCUGGAGCACCUUCUGACCAUCCAGGAGAGAUACACGGUCUGCAAGGCUCUGGAGACCUUCUUCCAGCACAGGAAUUUGGACACCCUAAUUGUGGAUGCGUUCCCAGUGUUGGACACGCCAGCCAAGCAGCUGAUCUGGCAGUUUAUUUACCAGCUGCUAACCUACGAUGAGCAGGAACGCUGCCAGAACAAGCUGUCCCGUUUCCUGGGUUUCAAAAGCAGCGCAGUGUUAGAGCCGGAAGGACCAGAGCAGCACCGGCGGAGCAGCUCCAUGCGAGUAUCCGGGAGCUCAUAUCGCGGCGGUUGCAUGCGAGAGAGGAGUUCUGAUGACUGCAUCAUCGGCACUCACCUGGGAAUGGGAAUUCAUGUGGAUGAAUGUGCAAGCCAAGAGGAGAGGCAGUCAGGAGACGGAACCUCUUUCCCCGAGUCCCCUGAUCUAAGUCAUAUGUCAGGUGUGUACACGGAGCUGGAGAACGUGUACGCAGGGAAAAGUGUGUCUCCGCUGCAGGGGUGCUCCCCGGCUGAGCCCGAGGGACCCGGACAGACUGAGGCCUAUGGCCGCUCUCUCUCCCCCCUCACACUGCCCCCGCUAACAGGUAACCGUAAAUCGGGCCUGUCCCUCACCUGGAAGGAACCCCUGCCCACUCAGGUUUAUGGGAUCCACCAUCAAAGCAGUGUAGACUCCAACCCUUACGUCAGCCUGGAGAGCCCUCCCGCCUCCCCCCAGCGUAGCCCCAACACGUUGAGCCGCCGCACGAAGCUGUUCACCUUCUCCCGCCCACCUCGCAGCAGGGACACGGACAAGUUUCUGGACGCCCUCAGCGAGCAGCUGGGUCACCGGGUCACUCUCGUGGAUGGCUUUGUGGCGGGCGAGAACGACUAUGAGGAGAUAUAUCAAGGUGAUUGUCAAGGUUUCAGAAGGAGUGUGCCUAUGAGCUAUCCAGAGGAUCAGGACAUGGGCUUCAUGCCUCGACAGUUCAGUCGUGGCAGCAGUGAAGACCACAGUAGCAGCGAUGAGGUUUCUUCUCCCUGCUAUUCUUCAGGUUCAGAGCAUAUCCCGCCUCCUCCCACCCAGAGCCCCCCGCCUCCGCCACCGUUCCAGGCCUUGAUACCGCCUCCAGUUCAGUUCACGGACCACAGGCCACCAGUCCGCUUCUCACCGGAACACGUCCCCCGCAGCCGGAUGCCUUUUCAUCCCCAUCACCCCAUAAUCCCCCCUCCUCCACCGCCUCUGAGGACCCUCCUGUCCAACCGCUCCCCUCUCCACAAGGGGCUGCCUGCCAGAGAAGAGGCAGGCGACCUGCAGCGCUUCCAGACCCUAUCCGGUCGUCAGUCACGCGGCCACACCACCCUCACAACCACCACAAUCCUGCGCUCGUCCCGCCCUAGCUACCUCCCACGCCAGCUGAGCCAGCCCCAGCCCAUCCGCCAGCCAUCCCCUCAGCCGUCCCCUCAGACACUGCGGCCGAGCCAACUCGUCCUGCACAGGCAUCACCAGCUCCACCACCAGCACAGCUACCAAGGCCCGUUGCCGCCAUCCCUCGAAGAUCACAACGCAAUUCGGAGUGAGAAACAAAGCAGAGCUACGUCAACAAUUCAUUCCAAGUCUGCGCUGCCCUGCCAUGUUAAAUCCCCCCGUCAGGACGAAGAUUCACACCAGGCACCGCCGCCUCCUCCUCCACCUUUGCCCCCACCCUGUGACCCGCCUCCGUUGCCCAAGCCGGGCCACGCGGCCGACACCAACCACAUGAGCGUGAAGAGGCUGCGCUGGGAGCAGGUGGAUAACUCCGAGGGCACCAUUUGGGGUCAGCUUGGGGAAGAUUCCAACUACGACAAGCUAACUGACAUGGUGAAAUAUUUAGACCUUGAUCUGCACUUCGGUACUCAACGCCGAUCUAUGUCUCCUCCAGAGCCCAUCUUCCUGUCCGAGAACUUAAAAAAAAAAGACGUUGUGGAGAUCCUGUCACACAAGAAAGCCUACAAUGCAUCCAUCCUCGUGGCCCAUCUGAAGCUCUCCCCCGCCGAGCUUCGCCAGGUCCUAAUGGACAUGAGCACGGACAGACUGGAGCCGGCCCACAUCAAGCAGUUGCUGCUCUAUGCCCCCGACGAGGAUGAGGUCAAACAGUACGAGCAGUUCGAGCAAGAUCCGGCCAAACUGAGCGAGCCCGACCAGUUCAGUUUCCAGAUGCUCAUGGUGCCCGAGUAUAAGACCCGUCUGCGGAGCCUCCACUUUAAGACCACCUUGCAAGAGAGGACGGAGGAGAUGAAAGUGGCCUUUGAUUGCAUCUACAAGGCCUCAGUGGAGCUGAAGACCAGCAGAAAACUGGCUAAAAUCCUUGAGUUUGUACUUGCGAUGGGAAAUUACCUAAACAACGGCCAACCCAAGAGCCACAGGACCACCAGUUUUAAGAUCAACUUUCUCACCGAGCUCAGCACAACCAAAACGGUGGACGGUAAAUCCACUUUUCUCCACAUUUUGGCGAAGUCUCUGUGCCAUCAUUUCCCAGAGCUGCUCAACUUUUCCAGAGACCUCACCGCAGUUCCUCUGGCGGCCAAGGUGAACCACAGGGUGGUAACCACAGAGCUAAGCGACCUUCACACCACCAUCCAAGACAUCAGAGCAGCAUGCCUGAAGAUCCCCCUCACCUCUGAGGACCACUUUGCUUCCGUCAUGAGCAGCUUUCUGGAGAACAGCCACCCUGCCAUCCAGUCUCUGGAGUCCUUGCAGAGCCGAGCGAUGGAAGAGUUCUCCAAAGUGGCCUCCUUCUUUGGAGAAGACAGCAAGUCCACCAGCACAGAGGCCUUCUUUGGUAUUUUUGCAGAGUUUAUUCACAAAUUUGAGAGAGCGCUCAGUGAGACCCAGACUCCAGAAAACCCUAGAAGUCCCCGAUUGUCCUCCCCACUGGCCUGGUAGACCCAGCAGAGUCUGAUCUCCAAAACCAAAGUGCCAAAAUGACACAUGGGUGGUGGCAGGCAGACACUACAAACAAUGGCACUUUAUCUCCGACAACAAUUGAGAUGUACCACCUGUGUAGGUCAAUGGUGCCCGCAUGUGGAGAACUACUGUUAUUUCAGGUGCUUGAUUUUAAGCACUAGGAAACAUUAUUCAUCAGAUAAUGUGUUCAUAAAUUACUUUGAGCCUAGAUAUAUGUAUGAUAUAUUUAUUAAACGUGUAUAUUUAAUGUCACAUUAUGAUGGACGAUGAUUCAACAUUUUGGAAAAAAAUAAAAAUCUUAAAAAGGGAUGCUAAAGCUAGGAGAUCGUUAGCGCCACUUAGCUUAGCUUAACUUAACCCUGCUAAAAAUGUUCUAUAGAAUUUCUAUAGAAAAAGUGUAAAGAAUAUCUCAAUAGAACUCUAUAGAAUUUCUAAUGAACUUUAGGGCCGAAGUUCUAUAGAACAGGAUUCUAAAGAAUGGUUUUAUAGAACAGGGUUCUAAAGAAUGGUUCUAUAGAACAGGAUUCUAAAGAAUGGUUCUAUAGAACACAAUUCUGAAGAAUGGUUCUAUAGAACAGGAUUCUAAAGAAUGGUUCUAUAGAACACAAUUCUGAAGAAUGGUUCUAUAGAACAGGAUUCUAAAGAAUGGUUCUAUAGAACAGGAUUCUAAAGAAUGGUUCUAUAGAUCACCUCUAAAGAAUAGUGCUAUAGAAGAAAGUUCUAAAGAGUAGUUCUAUAGAACAAUCUAUAGACCUUUCAGCAGAUAAAGUAAUGUCUAUAGAAUUUCUGUUAGACAUUCUAUAGAAUUCCCAGUUCUAUAGAACAAUCUAUGGACUUUUCAUCGGAUAAUGUAAUGUCUAUAGAAUUUCUAUAGGAUAUUCUAUAGAAUUCCCAGCUCUAUAGACCAGUGAAAAGACCUUCCAGCAUAUGAAGCUGAUGUCUAUAGAAUUUCUAUAGAAUUUUGAAUACAUAUUCUAUAGAAUCUUCAGUUCUAAAGAAAUUCCGACGAAAUUCUAUAGCGUUCUAUAUAUUUCUAUAGAGAUUCUAUAGAACAUUUUUUGCAGGGAACUUAAUGAGAUGUCUGCCGACAACUAUAAUCGAAAACAAUACACGUGUCUCUUAAGCAAAGGUUUUAUCUAACGUUUUUACCUUAUUUAUCAAAAAAUGACCGAAGCAUUUGAGUUAUUUUUCGGAGUAAUUAAGCGCUGUUAGCGUCACCCGAGCUAAGCUAAUUGCUGCCCUUACAAGCUAAGUGCUUCGCUGUAGCCGUUUACUAAUACACUACAUAUAUUUUCAAAAUGUCGAACUAUUUAUUUUUGACCGGGAGAAACAUGUCAUCCAUUUCAUGUGUGCCAUUUUUUGGCACACUUCAGAUGACAAUGGUUGUAGAAUACAAGGUCAGCCAUUUGUAUUUAUGUCAUUACAGACAGGUGGAUUGUCUUUUUAUGAAUACACGGUAACUUUCCCGCUCAUAUUAGUGUAGUGGGGCUUUACCUGAAGGAAGUGUGAAUAACAAAACAUUGUACAUACCUUAUUU